AUGGCCCACGAUCUGGAUGUGCAUGAACUAUUGGUUAUGGGAGAUUCUGACUUGCUUAUCCGGUUUCACAUCGAGCUAGCUGAUGCCUUGGCUUCCUUAGCCUCGAUGCUCCCUUAUCCAGCCAACACUCUUAUUGAUCCAUUGGAAAUCCAAGUUCGAAAUCAACACAGUUACUACAAUUCUAUUGAGACAGAACCAGAUGGUAAACCAUGGCAUCAUGACAUAAAACAAUUCCUGAAAACAAGGGAACACCCAGAGCAUGCCAAGGGAGAUCAAAAAAGAACUAUACGGCAGUUCGCCGGUGGUUUCUUCCUGAAUGGGGAAAUCUUGUACAAAAGGAACACAGACUCGAACCUGUUGAGAUGCAUAGAUGCCAAAGAAGCUGAGAAGAUCAUGAGUGAAGAUCAUUCGGGGGUAUGUGGGCCUCACAUAAAUGGAUAA